UUUUGAAUUAUUGUUUCAGUUUUUCUUUCUUGAAUUUAUAACCUUGAAGUGCGGGGUUAAUCUGUCAAAAUGUCAAUAUAUUUGCAAAAAAUAAAAGAACUUUACAAAGUUUAUCAAUUUCACGGAGGUUUGAAGGGAUCUUUCCUUACUAUAAUCAAAACUGAUGCUUUUAAAAUUGGAACAUUGAAAGGAACAGAUGAAUUUGGUAACAGAUAUUAUGAAAACAGACAGUACUUCAUAGGACGUAGUAGAUGGGUAGAGUUCACAGAUGCUGUUGGUUUUGAUUAUGAUGCUAGUAUGAUCCCUCCAGAAUGGCGCUCCUGGUUGCAGUACUCUAGAGAAGAAAGCCCAGUAGAGAAGCCCGCAAUUAAGCAUAAAUGGUUAGGAAAACAUAUAGACAACAGAUCUGGCUCACCGGACGAAUAUGUACCGUACAGCACAGCUAAACCCAAAAUACAAGCAUGGCAACCUCCUAAAUAAUUUCUCAUGUUGUUACUUUUAUUUGUAAAUAUGGAGUUUUCACUUUUUGAAUAAGAUGCCAACAGAUUUAAAUUUAGUCUUACUGAACUGUUUUACGACUAAAAAUGACUAGUCUUCUUGCUAAUAUUUCAUGAAAAAUGAAAAUAAAACUAAUUUUUCGAAAAUGAACAAUAGUUAAGUGCAUAUGGACAUCAGUAAUUGACAUCUUGGAAUGCAAGCAGUGUAUUUGAGACUUUUGUAUGACUUUUAUGUUAAUUAAAAUUUAGAAUAUA